CGUUUUCGAGCGCGUAGCGCACCGCGGCACCGCAUCGAUUUUCAACGGAUGGACGGACAGAUCGUAAAUUUAAAUUGUAAUUUUUAUCGUUAAAUCCCAAACAUCAAGUGAUUAAAAUGACCGCAAUGCAGAAACAUAGUCCAUUGGCGCCUAAAAUUUGGAAACGCGACGAAAUUUUAUCAUUCUUGGAUGUAUUCGAGGCAACCUUCCACGCCUCGGUAUCUGACCCAUUUGAUUCGGAAGCGGAAAUGUGGGAGUGCAUCUCCAGUAAACUUUCGGACCAAAACAUCACCGCUUCGGCCAGGCACUGUCAGAGCAAGUGGAACCUGCUGUACAAAACCUAUAUGAACAAUCAGAACCAUCAGGGAGUGUUCUUUUCGAAAAUCAAACAGAUAGUACAAUUUUCGCAACAGUUGGGAGAUUCGGAUAGUAUAGAAAUCCAGGACGAGCAGAUUCCGGUGAGUGGCCAGGAUGUUGUGGUUGCCCAGGAAAACAUGGACGAAUCAGAAAAGGAAGAAACGGAAGAAAGACAAAAUUGUGAUGAACUAGAAGAAACACAUUUAAAUGAUAAUGCCGUACAAACGAUUGAUACUAAAACAGAAGAAUCUCCUAGUAAAUUUAGUAUAAAACGUGCAGCAUCACCAAUAGAAACAGAAGACAUCCCAUUCCUGGAAAUCCCUUUAAAACGCGUGAAAAUUGAAAACAAUCAAUCAUCUAAGAAAAUAACACAACAUAAAGAACAGGUUCUUGACGUAGUCCUUGAGGCGCCUUCAGAUGAAAGCGAAAGUGGACAGACACAAAAACAGCCAAAUCCUUCGGACAUUACGAUAGAUUUGAAGGAUUUCGUACUAUCUCUCGCCAGCAAAAUGGAACACAUAUUAAAAGUUCAACUCGAACUGAACCAACGCCUCGAACGUUUGGAAAAUCUUCAAAUUGAAAAUAACCAGUUAUUAUCGGAAAUACAUAGCAAAAUAAGCCAAAAGCGAUGAAAAUGUUGUACACUUUGACUUGAGCUAACCCUCUAUUUAGAUUUUGUUUUGUCUAGCUUCCUUUUAAUCUAUUUAUUCCGGGGUUUAUAAUGUCUUGCGCGCGAAGUGGUGUCCACAAAUUCUCAUUCGUUUGAGUAGAUCCUAAAGAAAAACUGCUUUUCGAAAAAUUGCAAGCCGCAAGUCUCCUCACAAAUAUAGGCAACGUAAAUGUAGAUGAAGUUGAUGUUAAUAUGAACACAUUUCAACAACCAAAAACGUAGUUCUAGUUGCAUAGUUUAGACUAGGCUUAACGUUUGAGUAAUGAAAAGUAAAGUUUAACUAGAACAUCACUGAGUGCGUAUCCAUUAAAUAUCUUAAAUUUUAGGAUUAAGAAGUAGCAAUCAUAUCUCAAUUAUAAAACCAAUAAUCGAAUAAGGAUAGUUGUCAUCGAAUAAUCAAAAUUAAUUGUGCAUACAGUUUAUUAAAAAAUGAAUCAUAUUUCAAAAAUAAAAUAUAAAACAGUCUUUUCUAUAUAAGAACAACAAUUUAUGGGGCAUUUAAUGCGUUCUCCUGAAAGAAGCGGAUAGAUAGGGGUUAAUAAAAAUUCGAUUAAAAAAUAUAAAAUCAAACCGUUGGUUAGUCAUCAAAACAAAAGCUUGUCAAUGUUGAAAGCAGAUGUAUCUUUAUUGUUCUUAAUCGUUUUGUUUUUUUCCUCAUUCAGCUGAAAACAGUACAGUUAUUGUGGUAAUAAAACAUACGUUUAUAAUUAAUCCUAUUACAGUACACAUAGUUGAACCUCUCACUACACUUAGAAAAUAAUAGUGGUUUCGUGUGAUUAAAAAGGCACUUUUAGUAUGCUAUCGCAACAGUUAAAAAACAAAAGGAAUAAUCAUCCUGCACAGAAUCAUUGCAUUUUUCACUUUGCUGGUAAAAAAGCAACAGGCAAAUCGAUCAACUUUUCCAACCGAUUGAAAUGAGGAAAGAAUAUUGGUCUGGUUUUCUGACUUCAUGUUUCUUGAAUAUUUCGUCCUAGUCUAGAUUGUAGGUGUUCUUGAAAACUUCAAGUAUUUCCUUGUUUUUCUUCCGCGAUCUCCUUCCACUUUUUCAAUACAAAUAAGAGAGGAAAAGUAUUACUAAGUUGGCAAUUUUUCUUUUGUUUCUUUUUUUUUAAAAAGGUGGUUUGUACUUUCGCCUGUAAUUAUUGUGGUUCAUAAUGCCUUCAAUGCUAUCUGAACACAUCUGUUUGGUAGAAAUUAUGCUCGAGAAUGUGUGUUUACGUACUAUGAAUUAAGUUUGAGAUGUUUCGAUGCGUCAAUGACGCUAAGUAUACAACUUUUAAACGAUUACGUGCUAGGAAUAUCGUGCGAUUAUUACGCUUAGUAAGUGGAAAACGAAGAAACAAACAUAUGGAAUAAGGUCUCGUGAUCGUAUGAAAUCUCACAUGUCUAUAUAACACAUUUUGGACGAUCUUUAAGAUCUUCUUCAUAUUGGUUUAAUCUAAAUACUGAAUGUUGAACCCGUUUUAUAAGUACCGAUCAUUUUUGUCUUACAUGAUGAAUCAUUUUACGUAAUUAUAUGAGCUAAGGAAACGAUUAGAAAAACCGAAAAAACAGUUACUGGUUACAAACAAAAAUAUCAUCAACAUGUUAAGGGGAAAUGCACAAACUGUCGGCCUAACUGUGUUACAAAAUGCUAGAAACAAAAUCUAGUUAAAAGCUUCCUAACAAAACGAAAAACAGUAAAAAUUCAAUAGUUACACUAGUCCCGCGUCCUUGGCCAUACUGUAGAAGGCCGAUUGCUUGUCUUGUAGCAGUUCAUUCGGUGCGGCGUAUUCCGUGAUCUGUCCUUUGUCCAAAACGAUGACCUUGUCCGAGUCCAUAAUGGUAUUCAGACGAUGUGCUAUCGUGAGUACCGUACAAUCUUUGAAUUCCGUACGAAUGGUUCUCUGUGAGGGGAUUGAAAAUAAAUCAAUUUAGCAAGAUAUUCAAAAUAGAACAGAAAUUAUCAGACGAAUUAACAAGCAAACAAACCUGAAUGAGAUCGUCAGUUUCCAAAUCCACUGCCGCGGUAGCUUCGUCCAAAAUGAGAACCUUAGUCUUACGCAGCAAGGCACGGGCUAGACAGAUCAGUUGCCGCUGUCCCACCGAUAGAUUUUCACCACCCUCCGUCACUUCGUGAUUGAUACCGGCAGCCAGCCCUGCAGAAAUCAAAUAAACCUUUUUUAGCUUAAUCAUCCUUGAUUCUUUGAUUUAGAUUCAGAUUUCAAACCAGUUAUUUGCGGUAUCAUCAGAUUGAAAAUAAAAAAAAAAUCAUACCUUUCACAAACACCUUCAAGUGAGCAUGUUCAAGCGCCUUCCAGAUAUCGUCAUCCGAAUGCACAUUGAACGGGUCCAAAUUGAUACGCAGUGUUCCGGAGAAUAGAACCGGAUCCUGGGGAAUGAUGGUUAAUCGCGAUCGCAGAGCGUGCAAUCCAAGUUGCGAAAUGUCCUGUCCAUCGAUGACAAUCUUUCCACCGGCCGACUCGAUAAUUCGGAACAGAGCCAACGUUAAGCUGGACUUACCUGCGCCGGUACGACCAACAAUUCCUACUUUCUGACCACCAUCAACGGUGAAAGAAAUGCCUUUAAGUACAAGGUCCAACCCUUCUCGGUAACGGACCUGGAAAUCUUGAAACUCCACACGACCGUGCUCCGGCCAAUCUCGAGGCAAUGUACUGUUGGCUACUUCCCAGGCAGCUUCCUGUUUGGUUUCACCAUAUUCCUUUAUACGCUCCACGGCCACAAUGUUCGUUUCCACAUCCGAGGUCAUACGGACCAACCAAUUCAGGGUUUGGGUAAUUUGCAGAGCAUACGAAACCGAUAACCCGACCAAGCCGGCAUUCAUUGUUUCCCGACCCAGGACAGCAAACAGGGCAGCGAAUAGAAUGAUCAGGUUGCCAACCAUCUCCAAUCGAACGGCCAACCAGCGAUUGGCAAUGAUGCUGGGGAAGUAGCACACCUGGUUGAAAUCAACACGUGACUCCGAUUCCAUGAU